GGGAAUCUUGAGGAAAAGCUGCUGAGAGACUCCUUAGGGUUCACCAGCUACUACUGCUACUGCUUCAAACAAGGAUCUGGUUGCUCAGGCAAAAUAAAAUCAAUGUGACGAAAAAUUGCAAAAGUGAGAAGACAAUGGAUGUGAAUAACAUACCUACAAGCCAGAGGCGUGUGGAUAAACCAGAUGAUAGUAAAGUGAAUAAAAUAGCUCUAGCUGUAGUUAAGGAUGCCAUCCAUGCUGCUGUUAAUUUUGUGACAGAUAUUGAAUAUCCCAUCAGAAACAUCAGGUGGAUCACACACGGGGAAUUCACAGCAGAAAGGGGCCGCAGACAAAUUGACGCAUAUGUUUUGACUUGGGAGUAUCAAAGCCGCUGGGUGCACUGCACUGAAUUUGUAGAGAGGAGAGACUUAAUUCACACCUUCCACUACAUCUACUUUGUACAUUGGAGUAUCCCAACUGCUCGAAGACCCAUGGCGCGAGUCACUGCUGCUGCCAAGUUCAUCAUCAGGAUCACCAAAGGCAAACCUCCGGAGGCACCUAUCGAAGUCUCUUAUUCCUUUGAGGCCCACUCAUUAGUUCAAAGACCAGGAAUGAUUCGCUUUCGAGAACAAUGGCUGAGGAACAUUAUUGAGGCCAAAAAUAUUUUAAUGGAGUCACUUCCCUUCUAAUUCAAUUGUGUCUGCUUUUUACAGCAUGUUUUAGGACUGUUUUUCUAAUUAGAAUACACAAAAAUGAUACCACACAUCAAACCAUACAAUAUUUAUUGAAUAAUAAACUUGUGGCACACAAUCCAGCUGUUUUUGCAUUCAUUCAUUUUCCAUUCUGCAAUAUUUCCAUCACAUUAGCAGAGUAACCAGUAAGUUGUUUUCUAUUUUCUAAAAGGUAUUUCCCAUCAUCAUUUGAAUCACUUCAGAGAGUUACAGGUACAGAGCUGAGUUUGGAGAAUUGCUAAAAUUCACCUGUCAGAUCAAACUAAGAUUGGUACUUGGCUGCUUGUUCCCCCAUCUCAGCCUAAGUCUUUAUCCAGACACACCUCUUUAUGUGCACAAUUGGAGAACAACUAAAUGGUGACAUUUCUACAUCUCCGAAUACAACCAGUCUAAGGGGUUCUCCUACUCAGAGACCCCUUCAUUUACCUUGAGUUAAGCCUCGCUGCUAUAUAAUACAUUUUGAAACUCUGAAGCUGGGCAUGCUUCCUUCUACACCACAUCACACUCAUGAUGGCAGCAGGGUGGCUUGGAGAAUGGCAGCAGGGUGGCUUGGAGACUUGGGCAGUUAAACAGGGAUGUGUUAAAUCACUACCCUUACUUAUCUCUGGUCUCUCUCUCUUUUUUGUUUUUUUGAGAUACAGUCUUAUUAUGUUGUCCUCAGUAGAGUGCCAUGGCAUCACAGCUCACAGCAACCUCAAACUCUUGGACUUAAGUGAUUCCCUUGCCUCAGCCUCCCAAGUAGCUGAGACUACGGGCGCCUACCACAACACCUGGCUAUUUUUUGGUUGCAGUUGUCAUUGCUGUUUGGCAGGACUGGGCUGGGCUCGAACCCGCCAACCUUGGUGUAUGUGGCCGGUGCCCUAUUCACUGAGCUAUGGGCGCCGAGCCAUCUCUGGUCUUCCUAUCCUCACAUCAGAUCAUCACUUGCUCCUACCUCCUCUGUGAAGCUCUCUUGCCUGGCUCCAAAUUUUAAGAUACCAAAGACAAAAUUACAUUGUACUCUAAGUGAUUACUUACGAAUAUAUCACAAUAUGUAAUUACAUAUACAAGCACUGGAAAAGAACACAGAAUUGAUGGCAUACUGUGAGUAAUUGUUUUCUUUUUUUUACUGUUGUACAAUAAAUAAAAAGGAAGGAAAAUCCUAUCAGCAAUAGUCAAGGAGGUGGGAAACUAGAUAAUUCUCCUCAGAGAACAAAAAAAUAUAUUUAAAAUACAAUAGCCUUACAAUUUGACUUACAGCUCAGGUGACUAAACACUGUUUGAAGCAGUAACACUCAUAAGAUGAAAAUAAAAAAUACUUUUAGCCCUUUUAUUCUUCUCUUUCCCAAAGAAAAUGCUAUGAAGCUAUUUUUAGGCAGAUGUUUCCCAAACAACCCCUGAUGAAAUAGUAAGGUUUCAAAAUAAAUUAACAUCUUUUCUUUCAUUUAUUUAACAAACAUUAGUUGAGUAUCUACUCUAUAGACAGACGAAUCAAAUGAAAAUUCACAAUAUUCUCACAUCAUAAAAUUAUUAAAAAUAAGAGAACAUAUAUAUUCAGUCUUUAGGAACCAGUAACAAAAAAAUAUUGUCCGUAGGGAAUAAAAUUUUGAAGUGGGAUUAUAAAAUUUAAGUAUUAUACAUGAAGGUAGAUAUAUUAAGACAAGUUUGGGAGCUAGUUUCCCUUUUUUCUUUUCUUUUUUUUUGUGAGACAGAGUCUCACUUUGUCACCCUGGGUAGAGUGCCAUGGCAUCAUCAUAGUUCACAGCAACCUCAAACUCUUGGACUCAAGUGAUUCUUCUGCCUCAGCCUCCCAAGUAGCUGGGACGACAGGUACCCACCACAACACCCGGCUAGUUUUUCUAUUUUUAGUAGAUACAGGGGUCUCGCUCUUGCCCAGGUUGGUUUUGAAUCCCUUAGCUCAAGCAAUCCACCCACCUCAGCCUACCAAAGUGCUAGAAUUAUAAGUGUGAGCCACCGCACCUGGCCCUAGUUUCUUUUUAACUUUAGGAACCAACAGAUUUAUUAGGGUAGGCAGCAACUAUGAUUAUAUAUAAAUAAAUAGAAAUCACUUCAAAUUCAGGGGUCAUAAAUGUUGCUACCUGCUGACUGCUGUUUAGUUUAGUAGUUGCAGAUUAAAAGUAGACAUUUUCCUAGAACAUAUGUUAGUAAAAUUUUUACUUUAUGACUGCCUUAUUUUAAAACUUUUAAAAAACCACUUUAAGGUGAAAAGGCAUUUUACAAUAGCAUAGUCAGAAUUUCCCCAUCACCCAGGCACAAUUUAUCCCACACAUGUAAUAAUAAUGUAGAUCAAAGCAACCUUAACAGGAAAGGCCAAAACUUCCACUAUUCCCUCUCCCUUCAUUCUUGUGACCUAAAACUGAAUAAAAUAAAUGAAGGAAAAAAGAGCAUGAUCUCAAAUGCCCACAAUUUUCCAUUUUUCCAAACUUAAAAGUCAAUAAUAGCAUAAAAAAGGGGUAAAGUGAAGGAGUUCUCUACAAUGCUAAUGACAAACGUAAAAAAAAAAACAUAGACUGAAACGUUUAACAAUGUUUAAAAUAAAAAUCUUAUUACACAAAGGACAGAGUUAAAACAUGAUUAAUAUCAUUUUAGCUUCCUAUGAAACAACAAAAUAUAAUCCCAUGAAACAACAAAAUAUGAAUUCAUUAUAUUUUUUCCUAUCAGAACUCUUGAUUCCAAUUCUUUUUAGAUAUUAUCCUAUCAUCAAAGUACAGUUUAUAUUGAAAAAUGUACUUACAUUGGCACAACAGUUGACUUUCCAACACUUUACACAAGUCAAUUUUCCUUUUUCUUUUUUUUUUUUUUUUGAGAGAGUCGCCCUCAGUAGAGUGCCGUAGUGUCACAGCUCACAGCAAUUCUCCUGGGCUUAAGCAAUUCUCUUGCCUCAACCUCCAAGUAGCUGGGACUACAGGCGCCCGCCACAAUGUCCAGCUAUUUUUUUUUUGUUGCAGUUGUCACUGUUGUUUAGCUGGCCAGGGACAGAUUCGAACCUGCUGGCCUGGAAGUAUGUGGCUGGUGCCCUACCCACAGAGCCAUGGGUACCACCCAACAAGUCAGUUUUCAAAUUCCAUAUUUGUUUUUGGCAGUGCCUUCAUUUUUUUUUUUUUUCAAGACAGAGUCUCACUUUGUUGCCCUUGGUAGAGUGCCAUGGUAUCAUAGUUCACUCUUGGGCUCAAGUGAUUCUCUUGCCUCAGCCUCCCAAGCAGCUGGGACUACAGGUGCCCGCCACAACACCCGGCUAUUUUUAGAGAUGGGGGGGUCUCACUCUUGCUCAGGCUGGUCUCGAACCUGUGAGCUCAGGCAAUCCACUCACCUCGGCCUCCCAGAGUGGUAGGAUUACAGGCGUGAACCACCUCGCCUGGCCUAAUGCCUUCAUUUGUUAACAAAAUGGCCUCCUGUAUGUUUCUAUCAAGUCCAUUUAUAACACAUUCCACACAGAGAAAUGAUAAUUGGGGUAGAGGUGAGGAUUGGGUGGGCUUCAUGUAGAGGUAAUAGGAGGAGCACUGUCCCAUGGAGUGAGCUUUAAGCUCCUCACCCGACACUUUCUGUUCAUGCCACUUCCCCAAAUAUAGUAGGAUUUCAUUCAUAAUUUAGAUAUUUUUAUUCUAAGACAGAUUCUCACUCUGUUGCUCCAGGCUAGAGUGCCAUGGCCCCAGCCUAGCUCACAGGAACUUCAAACUCCUAGGUUCAAGUGAUCCUCCUGCCUCAGCCUCACAGUAGCUACUUUUUCUAUUUUUAAUAGAGACAGGGUCUCACUCUUGCUCAGGCUAUUGUCCAACUCCUGGAGCUCAAGCGAUCCUCCUGCCUCGGCCUCCUAGAGUGCUAGGAUUACAGGUGUGAGCUACCACACCCGGCCCAUAAUUUGGAUUUUUUUUUUUUUUUUUUUGGUAGAGACAGAGUAUCACUGUACCACCCUCGGUAGAGUGCCGUGGCGUCACACGGCUAACAGCAACCUCUAACUCUUGGGCUUACACGAUUCUCUUGCCUCAGCCUCCCAAGCAGCUGGGACUACCAUAAUUUGGAUUUUUAUUUAAUUUUUAAUUAAUUAAUUUUUUUUGGAGACAGAGUUUCAAGGUGUUGCCCUGGGUAGAGUGCCAUGAUGCCUUCAUAGCAACCUCCAACUCUUGGGCUCAAGCUAUCCUCUUGCCUCAGUUUUUCUAUUUUUAGUAGAGACGGGGUCUCCCUCUUGGCUCAGGGUGGUUUCAAACUCAUGAGCUAAAGUGAUCCAUCCGCCUUGGCCUCCCAGAGUGCUGGGAUUACAGGUGUGAGCCACUGUGCCUGGCCCCACAAUUUGGAUUUUUAAACCAGAAAGUUAUUAUGGUCAAUCCAAAAUGACA